AGACAUUUACUUGAAACUAAAAUUCAAAGCAAAAUGGACUCAUAUUACGGUGAAGAUAACGCGGAAGACCUUGAUAAAGAAUGGGAGGACUUCACAAAAUUAUUGGAAAAGAAAAAACGAAACAGUUCGCAAGGAUUUUAUCCGUGUCCUCCUCCAGAAGAUGUAGAAGAUUACGUACAAACUCUGAUGUAUGGCCGCUAUAGUAAACAAUUGGGAGAAUUGGCAAAACUAGAAGGUUUAAAAGCUGCUGAGAGGAAACGAUUAAAAGAAGAAAAGGCACGGAAAAGUGAGCUGAGGGGAUAUCAAGGUAAAGUAGCAAAAUGUAUUUCAUUUUUAUGGAAACAUACUUUUGCUAAAUUGGGAGAAGAUUGGGUUUUCUUGGCCCUUCUUGGUUUUAUUAUGGCACUUCUAAGUUUCCUUAUGGAUAGAGGCAUUGCCAUAUGUAAUAAUGCAAGACUGUGGUUAUUUCGGGAUCUGACGAUGCAUCCAGCAGCCCAAUAUGCAGCUUGGAUAUCGCUUCCAGUCUGUCUAAUUUUGUUCAGUACAGGAUUUGUGCAAUUAGUGGCACCACAGUCGAUAGGUUCUGGAAUUCCAGAAAUGAAAACCAUACUCCGAGGUGUAACUUUGAAGGAGUACCUAACGUUUAGAACUCUCGUAGCAAAAGCAAUAGGUCUUACAGCAACCCUUGGGAGUGGAAUGCCCUUAGGAAAAGAAGGUCCUUUCGUACACAUUGCUAGCAUAACCGCAACGUUACUCAGUAAGUUAGUAACGGGAUUUCAAGGAAUCUACGAAAACGAAAACAGAACCACCGAAAUGUUGGCGGCUGCUUGCGCUGUGGGAGUAGCAAGUUGUUUUGCUGCACCAGUUGGAGGAGUCUUAUUCAGUAUCGAAGUAACCACAACAUAUUUUGCGGUUCGAAAUUAUUGGAGAGGAUUUUUUGCUGCAGUUUGUGGAGCUACAACAUUUCGUCUACUGGCAGUGUGGUUUCAAAGAGCCGAUACCGUUAGUGCCGUUUUUAAAACGAACUUUUAUAUGGACUUUCCAUUUGAUCCUCAAGAACUUUUUGUAUUUGCCUUAAUGGGUGCAAUAUGCGGUUUAGGAGGAGCAUUUUAUGUAUGGAUGCAUCGUCAGUAUGUUUUAUUUAUGAGGAAUAGUAAAAUUAUUAAUAAUUUUUUAAAGAGAAGUCGGUUUUUAUAUCCAGCUAUCGUGUCGUUAUUAGUGUCAACGGCUACAUUUCCUUUGGGUACUGGACAAUUCAUGGCCGGAGACUUAAACACACAUGGACAAGUAGCAUCUCUAUUCAGCAACUUUACGUGGACUAAUCACAACGUAACUGUGGAUCAAGACGAAGUAAUAGGACACUGGAGAACUCCGUGGACCGGAGUUUAUGUCAGUUUAACUUGUUAUGUGCUGUUUACGUUUUUCUUUUCGAUUAUCUGCUCUACAGUACCAGUUCCCAGUGGUAGUUUCAUCCCUGUGUUUAAAAUUGGUGCAGCUCUAGGCAGAAUAGUUGGGGAACUAAUGCACAUGUGGUUUCCUACAGGUAUGCGAUAUGGAGGAAAAAUUGCAGAAAUAGUUCCAGGAGGCUAUGCCACCGUUGGUGCUGCAGCUUUUAGCGGUGCUGUGACACAUACCAUUUCAGUAUCGGUUAUAGUGUUUGAGAUGACCGGGCAGAUCACUCAUAUUAUACCUAUAAUGAUUGCAGUACUUAUCUCAAAUGCCAUAGCAAGUCUUUUAUUUCCUAGUAUUUACGACAGUAUUAUUUUGAUCAAAAAGCUUCCUUACUUACCCGACCUUCUACCCAGCAGCAGUGGUAUGUAUAAUGUAUACGUUGAAAAUUUUAUGGUUCGUGACGUCAAAUACAUAUUUUAUGGAAUGUCGUACCAACAACUAAAGGUAGUAUUAAAGGAGAACAGACAGCGAAAGAGUUUUCCUUUAGUUGACAAUCCUGAAAAUAUGGUUCUCCUAGGAUCAAUACAGCGAAUGCCUCUGAUACAAAUUAUCGAAAAACAUAUCGGAAAGGAGCGGCGAUUACAGAUAGCAGCUAUUAGACAAAGAGAAGCCAAAGAAAAAGCCAUCGAAGAGACCCAGAAACUGACUGACGAGAGGAAUAGGCGCAGGCCUUCCAGAUUUCAAGUAGUUCCUGCUCCUGACCUCCUUCACAAACAAACAUCUGAAAGCCAAUUGGAUCAACCGACGUACAAUCCUGUAUUCGGUUCUCAACCGAAGAAAUCUAUUUUAAAGAAAACCAAUUCCUUUACUUUGAAAGGAUUUACACCUUUUGUCUCGACUAGUCCUGGUAGUACUCCCUAUACUACCGUCACGGGGGCUGAAAGCCGAAUAAGAUCUGCAUUCGAGGCCAUUUUCAGGAAAUCGACCCAACUUCAAGAUGUAGACAAUGAUACAAAUGGAGAUGUACAAACAGUUCCUCCAAGUCCAGCUGCGUCCAAAAAAGUUCAGUUGCCAAUCGAAAGAGUCUGUGACAUGAGCCCAGAAGAACAAAUCAAAUGGGAAGAAGAACAGAUGCAAUUACCAGUAGACUUCGGUUUAUGCCAAGUAGAUCCAGCGCCAUUCCAAUUGGUAGAAAGAACUUCGCUUCUCAAGGUGCACUCAUUGUUUUCUUUAGUUGGCGUUAAUCACGCUUACGUGACGGCCAUCGGUAAACUGGUUGGAGUUGUUGGGUUAAAUGAACUUAGAAAGGCCAUUGAGGAUGCUAACAGUGGAAAUAACCCUUCAUCACAAGAAGAGAGUGCGGGAAAUGUUAGUAGUGAAAAAAUCAGCAAUGGUGGAAUUAGAGACUCUUUAGAGAACGUUAAAAGUGUUGGUAUAAAAGAUUCUUUGGAAAACAUUCGUAUUGGUGGAAUAAAAGACUCAUUAGAAAAUCUUAGAGAAAACAUAAAAGAUUCAAGAGUGUAAAGUAUGUUGAAAGAUUUUUUGUAAACUGUAUGUACCUGAUCAUAUGUCGCUGUUAAAGGUUUUGUUCAUUUUAAUUAAUGAGGAUGUGGUGACAUUGUGAAAUAAUUAUGUUAACAGGGACGAAAGUUGAGGAAGAGAUGAACCAAAAUUGUAUUAGUAGGAUAAUAAAAUCAACCAAAUUAUUUAAAGUUUGUCACAAAAUAGAGGUUUGGAAGAUUCAUGUUUCUAAUCAACCUUCAAGUUUUACUAAAAUUGUGAACC